GAAGAAGAAGAAGCUCUACGAGAAAUAUCUAACUUCCUGUUUUUAUAUUUGCACUUCCUGGCAACGGUCCUUGGAAACAAAGUGAAGGAUCAUGAAAGAAAUGCUCUUUGUGGCGGACUGUCUUUUAUAACAUCGAACACCAACGGAAGAUGGCAGCAUCUCCUCAUUUGCCAGCAGAUGAUGAUGUGAGUCAGUCUUUUGGGGAAACAAGCAGAUGCAGCGAGGUCUGGAAGCAGUCCGGGCCUAAAACUGAUGAUUGGGACCGUAAACAGGCACAGAAAGAAAGCCUGCAACUACAAUUCCAGGAGAGCCACCUGUCUCCAUCCCUCUCCUUGCUUCCCGUAGCCUCUGGAGAGGAACUCAGCUUCACUGAACCCUCUUUUUUCCAGCAGAGUGAUUCAGAAUUUGCUCCUUUAAGGGCGUACCCUGACAUUUCUGUGGCAUCGGAGAGGCUCUGUGUUCCCCUGCAGGACCAGACUAAUCACUGGUCUGAGCCUAGCUUAUUAUCCCAGCACCCUUUGGCCCAGGCAACCAUUCUCUCUGAAGAAGGAACAAACACUUUAUCUGAGCACAUUUUAUCACCAGGAAUCAAAAACAAAGAAGAAAAAAAGGCUCGCCCUCAUCAAAAAGCAGCUACUGCUACUGGACAAGGACUAUGGAGAGAAGGUACAGGUCACCAAGAGGGGGAGUUAGAGACACUUACUGAAGUUACAGAUAAAAACUUUAGAGAUGUUUUUCAAGAUGACAUUUCUUUUUUGAAUAACGAUGUUCCUGCACAACAUCUCCUGGACCUCCUACAGAAAGAAGUGGGCAUGCAAAGCAGCAGCAGUAGUUCUAUUUCAUCUGCAUCCCAGAGCUCUGAGAAGAGAACCGGGUCAUUAAUGGAUGACUCUAAAAGAACUCAAACCAGUAAAGCUAUUACCGACCAAAGCUUGGCUACAAGAGAGCAUCCGCCUGGUGAAGCUAGUCUCCACCAGCAGCAGACAAGACCUUCAGAGGUCCGUAACAUCACCAUGGGUUCCCGCAGCACUCAACCUGAUGACAGCAGCGAGUUGUUGCACACAGAGCUGCUGGCAGAAGCGCACAGACUCGGCGACUUAGAAGCUGAAUCAAAAAACAAACAACAAAAGGCCGAGAUGCAAUCAUGCCAGUUUUCUGCAUCUUUACUUAAAGAAGAAUCUGAAAGGAGGCCCAGGGGUAAAGCGGGUCUGGGUAGUGUGCAGAGAAUGGCUCCAUUUUUAGCAGCUACUGACUGGGUUCGCAGAGAACAAGAACUCUUGUUGUCGCAGAGCAAAACCGAGAUUGAUGGGUCCUACCUGGGUUUCCUUCCUCAGUCUCAGUCUACUCCAGGGGUCUUCAUGGCUCAGAUGAAGACUACGUUAGGACAACUUUCAGCUAUAAAAUCUGAUAAAAACGCCACGUAUCAGUCAGUCACUCCACAGCCAGCUGUCUCCAAAAUGGACAUUUGUUUCCCAGAUCAACUCCGUCAAUCCAAAGAUGGUUCUGUACAGACCUCUGCAGAAGUCCAGUCCCUCCCUAGUCUCAACUUCAGGCAGAAGGUAGAUGCUUGGAGGACUAAACCGACUCCAGUCUCAGGCUUCAGCAGCCCAGACCCAGGAGGAUCUGGUCUCACUUUGAAUCGAACCAUCACCCCGCAGGCUGGUACUUCACUGAGGCUUUCUGCUACAGGUGCUGCCCAACUAAAUGUCCCUCAGAAUGGCUCCUUAGCCCUCUCUGGCUCCUCUUCUCCUAGAAGAGGGGAGGCAGUCCGUGGGGGUCCCGGUGACAAGAUCAGCGGGGGGUCUGCAGCACCACCCAUAGCCUCACCUUUAGGCAGGUCCCAGUCCCACUCCUCUCUCAGCACAGUCAUCACGUCGGUCUGUAAACAUCAGCAUCCAGAUGUGCCUCCGGAGGAGGAGCAGAGCCACAAUCGGGACCACGCUCCACAGUCUCCUGGUACCUCAGUUCAUCCAUCAUCCCUCACGGGCCUCGGCCGCUUCAGUGACGUGUCACCUGAUCAAGUUCUGACCUGUUCAAGCUCCCAAGACAGUUGCGGUGGGACAAAAGUCGGAGCCUCUGUUGGAACAUCCUCUGUUGUCAGUCUGGAGCUCGAUAACUACGCCCCCUACUGGACUUCAAAAUCCACCCCACCACCUCCUUCAAAGCCUCAAGAGCUCAACAUCGAUGAACGAAUUCCGUUGUACCUCUACAUCCUCGGCGUAGACCAGUCUCCUUCUAACAUCCUGACUCCAUUUGCACCCAGAGACCCAACCAGAGAACCCGAGUUCUCUCCCACUGAUCUCUGCACUAUUAAAGGAUCAACCGGAACCCCUUCAAAGGGCACUCAGGCCUCUGAGGACAAGUCUGCAGCUGUAGCCCAGAGCUCAUCCCAUCCACUCUCUUCUUGUGGGACUUUAGUUGGAAACAGUCCCCAGAAAGGAGAGUUCUCCAGGUCCAGCCUUCUGUCAGCAGACUCCAGCAUCUCCGUUCCCUUUAGCCUGGACAGUCUAGGCCCAGCUGUCCCUGUCCCACAGCAAGUCGGAGUGAGGACGUCUCUUCCAUCAGGUGUAGAAGCUGCCCAGAGUGAAGGCAGAGUGUCCCCCAGCUCCCAGCCUCCCACGCAGCAGGCUGUCAGCCAGCUCGCCAACAUGGCUGACGUCUCAUUGACCACAAAGGCUGGUGUAGCAGAAAAGAAGCCUGACUCUCCUUCUCAGAGCAGCCAAGGCAUGACUCAAGAUGCUGAGAAGUCCUUCGUUAGCUUAAAGGAGUCGGAGAUUCGUCGACUCCUCAGUCAAACAGAGAACAUCGUAAUCACUGGGUCUGCUCCACACCGCCUUCGCUCUGAUGAAGACAUUUUCAGCUCUACCGCUGGAGACCUCAUAACGCGCUCCUCAUCAGACUCCAUGCUUAUCUCACAGAAAACAAAGCAAACCUCUUUGCAGCCUGAUAAUUCAUCUUCUCAGAAUCUCACCGUUUCAUCUCCUGCCACUGUAACGCCCAACGUGGCACCUGACAGGGCGGUUAGCAGACCAGGGACGACCCUGAGUGUCUCCAUAUCCGCCCGGCGGACGGAGCCUGAGGGCUGCAGUGCAGCACCUGCUGAUAAACUCCACCCACAGCAGCAAGUCACCAUGCCUUCACCAGCUGCGAGCAUGCAACAGCUUUACCCAGAGGUGGGGGAAACACCUACACCUGCACAAAACCACUCCUCCUCAUCUGUCGCCCAUGACAACAAUCAGGAAGCGAUGAGCGAUGGGAGCAGUGAGAGCUCGCUGGCCGUUAGAGUAGCUAAAUUACUGCAGACUGAAUCUCCAGACUCCGUGAUGUCCUCUACACCCAGCGCCGCUGACCAGGAGGAGAGGAGGCCCAAAAAGCGGCUCCAGCUGUGUGAACCUCUGGAGUUGGACAUAAAAGAUCGACGCUGCAUCGAAGACAUCAAGAAAGAGCUGUUAAGGAAUCCCACUGAGAGCCAAGAGAGCACAGAUACAGAGAGCAGUUCAUCGAGCCACAGGGUCCAUAAGGAGAACAACCAUUCUGCAGAAAUGUGUUCCUCUGAUUCAGACAACCACCUGGAGCAGCCAGCAGCCCUCACACAGCCACAGAGCCCCGCCCACAGCCACUUGGAGGCCCGAGUGCGUGAGAUUGCUGCCAGAGAAGGAGUAACCCUCCCGUCUGCAUCCAUCACAGUAUCCACCCACAGGCACCCCCCCUCUCCUCCUCUCAGCCCAGCCACACCCCCGCUGGGCCUGAUGGAGCUCCUCACAGAACCAGGCAGACCCACUGGAGCCAAACUGCUUGCAGCAGAUCCGAACCAGCAGGAAGUGGGCUCAGCACAAACAGCAAGCAGAGAACCAUCACCUGUGUUUGGAGAGCGUAGCAGUGUCCGUCAAGGAGACCACCGUGUGACUGCUCAGCCAGCUUCACGGAAUCGGAAGAGGUGGGACACUAUGGGAGGACAGCCUGAGACAUCUCUUGAACCCUCACAGGAUAUGCAGCGUUUCAGCCACCUGAAGGCACUCUCUCACCUCACUGGCUCUGGUCAUACAGGUCCAUCCUCUGUUUCAUCCACUGCAAGGACAGGCAAUGUCUCACAUGUCCAUCUCAGUCCAUCCCCUAAACCACCGGAUCACCUCUCUGUAUCUCCUGUCCUCUCUACUCACCCUGACACUGUCUCAGGAUUGCCUCGCCAAGACUUCUCCUUCCCCAGAGAGUUUGCCUCUGCUGUUGGUUUGUCCCGUCUUCCAGAGCAGUCCAACAGCAGGCAACCUGUGGGACGGGACACCCCAGCCCUGUAUGAACAGGUUUCUCAGGAAAAAUCCACUCUGUCCUUUCCACCACAGCUCAGAGCUGAGGUGGUACCCAGAACCGUCUCUGCUGAAGCAGCAGCUCCGGUCCUGUUGCCGUACAAACCUCGUGGUAGUGACGAGCUCUUCUACGUCCCCCAGACAGAAGCUGAUGUCUCCUCAGCAGACACCACCAUGGAGAGCACACACACAGGCUCGGACGACGCCGUGCCUCCACACUUCAGCAGCCAAGUCCUGGGAAAGCAGGACCCGGGGUUGGACCGCGGAGUCUCAUUCAGACACCCAGAGGGGAUCUACAGCAAACGGCUCCAGAUGGCAGGUUCAGAGCACACGGCAGAUGGCAGCCUUCCAGCUGUGAGUCGAGCUCCAACAUCAUCUUUUCAGGCAUCUGCUACCAGGUCACCCUCAGCGAUCCAUCAAAAGGUCUCUCUCUCAAGGGACCAGGGUACCAGCCCAGUCCAGUUCCUCCCCUACAAGCAAACUGAUCCUGGUGGAGUUCAUCCAGCCUACAGGGAAACCAUCCCAACCUUUGUCCCUCAGAAGAGACACCUGGAACCCCAGCAGAGCAGCAGAACCAUGGACCAGAUGUGGAAGUGGACCAUGGAGUCGUCCCGCCCUACCAGAGACAGAGAGGCUUUGCUGCUGGAGCACCUGUCUCAUCUCCUUCAUCACAUGGAGGCCGAUGAUCCUGGAGUACAGGAGAGAAGGGAUCCAGAUCCAGAGGAGCAGCUCAGUAGGACCCAGAGGAGGAGAGCCACAGUCAGAAGAGACGUUGGGCUGCAGGUGGAGGCGACUCUUCAACCUGAGCAGGAAGCUGGCCACGCCCCUUUCUCACACAGCUCCUCCCAGAGCCACCGUCUCUCACCAGUCGACAGGGAGGGGACCUCAUCCACAGUAUCCAGCUCCGUGUCCACCGUGGACACAACGCGACUGGUCCGGGCCUUCGGUGCUCACAGGGUGCAACAGCUGAAAAGCAGCUCUAGCCUCAGGAAGCUCUACUGCUCCAUCAGCAGGCAGAGGAGAGGAAACCUCACCAACCCUCCUCAUGACCUGACCCCAUCAGAACCCACCCGCUCUGAGGGAUCGGUUGCUCCUGAUUCUGGAUCAUCAUCCAGCUGGUUCCCGUCGCACCACGGUCCCUCCACGGCUCUGACAGCUAAACGGACGGUGAAACUGGCCAACAAAAGUGUCCAAGCAGGAGACCUGGAGAUUGUGAAGAACGGGACUCGACGACACACCAGAGAUGUUGGAACUACAUUCCCAUCUCCAGGUGAAACCAGAGCUUUGGGUCAGAUCUCCUCCUCUCCAUCUCUGGCAGUGAGAGGAAGAAGAAGGCAGAAAAGUCCUAAACCUCACAAGAAGAUCAAACCUGUUCCUAAAGGGGUUUCGUGGUUCAUCUCUGCUGAGAGUCUAAAAUCAGAGACAAAGAAGGAGAACCGGCCUGAGGGGUCUACUGCUGGGAGGCUGAGCACUGCUUGGUUUGAGCCCUACCGCACACUCAGACUCUGGAAGGAGCCACUCAGACAGAUCUAUGAGGACAAUCAGUCAUGUUCUGGAGAACCUGAUCCAGAUCCUAAAACUAGGACAAUGUCCUCCGGUCUGACCCGUGUCUCUCUGCAGGAGGCUCUAGAGAUGCGUUGUCCAGGGUUUAUCUCCCGGUCCAGACAGAGGCUGAGACGUCUAGCUCUGCGGGCGGAGGAGAGGAAGCUGCAUGCCGUCCUCAGCAGAGACACAAACCUGGUGUUCAACCAGCGAGGAGGUCCAGUGAAGCUUCCCAAACCUGCAGGCACUGGUCUGCUGCUGAGGGCCGUUCCCAGGAGGGAGAUGAUCCAGAGGUCCAAACAGAUGUACGAGAAUCUGCCCGAGGUUCAGCGGAGGCGAGAGGAGGAGAGAAGGAGAGCAGAGUAUCAGGUCUACAGGCUGAACGCACGCCUCUACAACAAGAGGAUCACCAACCGGGUCCUGGGGCGGAGAGAAGCGUGGCACUGACAUCAGAGGGAUUUUUAAUAAACAUCAGGCACAUUCUGACCAAAAAUGGGUUUUUGUAACUCUGACAUUUGGAAAAUUGUUUAAAAUGAUACGAUUUUAGCUAUAGACAUUUUUCAUAUUUUAAAUGUUAAAAUAAAACCAUUUCUACAUUUUUUCAUGUUUGAAA